CGUAGUGCUGUAUAUCAGCCAUUGAGGACAGACCUCCCCCCUCUAAUCAUCCACCAAUCAUCCACGUCCGGCUCCUAAUAGUCGCAACUACGCGGUCACAGUAUGGCUAGAGCUAGACAGAGGUGGACGCAUUCUGUCUUAGAGAGAGCUGACCUGCUUAGUGCACAGUGACAGAGCACAGGGAGAAAAGCCAAAGCAAAUACGCAAAGUUUUAUGGGACGAGUAUCUGAGAGCGGUUUUCUUUGUAACUAAACGUCAUCCAUGGGUUCAAGUUGCACACAGGAGUAGGCUGCUAAGUUUCCAAUGGACAGACUCUUGGAGACGGCUGGCGCAACAAGCAUGGGAUUAUUUUUGUAAUGUGGAUUGCUAUUCACUUGCAAGAAUAUAAAGAUCUGCUGCGCAACAAUGUGAGACGUUAUGCGUCUUGGAUUUUCGUGUUUCUGGAUAUACUGAAGAUUAUUGGCAACAGUUGAAAAGAGAAGAGGUUAUGCGCAAAGGAUUGUAUGCUCCGACCCUGGGACCACCAUGGAAUUUCCAUUACAAGCCCCUUCCCCUUAUUUAGAGAAGUUUUAGCAGGUCCACUUUUGUUAUUGUUGUUGUACUUGUAAAGUUCAUGCUUAAGCACAAAACGCCACAUUGGCCACUUGGAUUUUAAAGCGUUACUUGCCUCUGGAUUGGAUUUUUAACACCAUGAACUUUAUUGACAGUUUGACACUAUUAUUUUUGACGCUGUCAGCUGUCAAGAGUGCCCAUAUACCGAGGGGAGCAGAGAGAGGUCCACAUGACGUGAUCCCUUUAAUGGAGGUGUACAACAAGAGUUUGUGCCAGCCACGGGAGCUGCUGGUGGAGAUUCUGCAGGAAUAUCCAGAGGAGGUGGAGCACAUCUUCAUCCCGUCAUGCGUGGUGUUGACGCGCUGCGCCGGCUGCUGCAGUGAUGAGAUGCUGCAGUGCAUGCCAACAUCCAGCUAUAACAUAACAAUGGAGAUUAAAAGAAUAAAACCCCAAAGGCAACAGAAUGAUAUUUUCAUGAGUUUUACAGAACACAGCGCAUGUGAGUGUAGGUUAAAGAAAGAGGUGAAAGAACAGAGAGAAAAAAAACCCCGGAAAGGCAAGGGCAAAGGCCUAAAGAGAAAACGAAAGAAAAACCGCGACAAAACAAAUCACGAUGCGUAUGUCAGCUCUGCCUUCUCCACCUACCUGCACCUGAGUGUUGCGCUUCUCAUGAUUAAGCUCAUUUGGGAGGAGCUCAUUUGCCCCUUUUAAUUUGCAGCAUUUCAUUGCCCACAUUAAUUAGCAUGUUGCUUCAUCUGUGAACAAACUGCGUGUCUUUGUCCUAACUUUGUUUUGCCAGUCAGGCUAUACAAAGUCAGAUAUCCGUAACCAGCUUUCUAACAUGUUUUGCUAACAUAGCUUCAGCAAAACUUAACAUAACAGCCAAUAACCAGGGAAGUACUCUUUAUUCAUAUUUCACUGAACAAUAAACACACCACAAACCAUAACUCAUCUUUACCCCUGAAAUUCCGAUCAAAUCUCCUCCCAACCUUAUCAGCUCCCGUUUUUGCAAGAAUAUCACCCCUAUGGAUAAGAACAGGUUGGGAUGAGAUUCAUCAGUGUAUCAUGAAAACAGAAGAAACCCGAGAUACGACAUGUUUCUAACUCGCCACACAAGUCAGAUUUAUGGUUGAUAAUUAACACGUGUUAAAGAAGCUGCUGUGAACAGAUUUCAGUUUGGCUUUUAGCUGUAACUUGAACCUUCUGCAGAAAACAGAUCACAGAUCCACCAGCAUGGCUUUGCAGACCAGCCCAUACUGUCCCUGUAUCUGCAGCCGGGAUCACCAGGAUCGUAAUCACGGUCCUGCGUUCACUGUUGAGUCUGUGCUGCUUUCAUGUGUCUCGUACCCGUCUCCUUUCCCCUCUUUGUUCUUUUUCAUCUUUCCAAACAGGUUUUGCUGUCCCAUGCAUAAUACUGGUACUUUUAUGUAAUGUGAAGAUAUGAAUGAUGGCUAUCUAUUGCCUGUUUUCUUUUCUUUCUUUUUUCUUCGAUGGGAGGAUUUGUAAAUUGUUUUGCAAGUAGUGUAAUAGUGUCUUUGUUUGCCAGCUUUUGUCUCUGAAACCAUACAAAAGACACCCGUAUUUUCCUUAACAAUAAUAAAUAAAAUGAUCUAACUGUGGUCUUAACUGUGAAACAACAAACCUCUGUCUGUUUGUAACCUGUGUAUCAAGGUAUCUGAGCCUUCAUUUGUCCGCUUUCUCCUCCUUGUUAAGAAAUGUCAUUCAAACCACUGAUGUCUCUCUGUGGGAAACAUAGUCUUCAGUUUUCACUCAAUAAAAUUAAAUCUUUCUUAAUGGAG